GUUGCAUAUAUAAGCCGUCAGUUAUCUGCCAAAUACCUACAAAAUACCUCAAGCUCAGGGUUGCAAAUUGUAUUUUGGCAAAGUAAGAAAGCGACAUGAAGAAAUCUGGAAUCCUCGCAGCUUCCAUCUCUGCGGCAGCUUCCGCCACCACCGCCAUCUCCGCCAACACGAACACCACCGUAUCCUUGUCUUUGCCGGAAUCUAACCUUUCCCGUCAGGAUUCAAAGGAGAAACAGAGGAAGAAGAAGAGUUCUGACGAAGGGGGAGAUAAAAAGUUUGCUCCAAGGUUUGUUGGGUUAAGAUUCAUUGAGACGCUUGUUACUGCUCACCGAUAACCAAAGCAUUCUUCUGAUUUAACAAAGUUUAAUAUAGUUUCUGCAAUUUAUCAACAAUACUUAUCCAUUUCAACGUUUUAAGUUUUUUUUUUGUUUUAUAGUAACUUUGGGUAAAUUGUAACACAACAUGUUAUGACGACAUGUCAUGUUAUACGAGAUUCAUGUGCCUUGGAAA